AUGUCAUCCUAUCUCGGAUUUCGUGGUCCUGUGGGACUCUAUCACGUUAAUCCAGAAGCGGAACAAACCGAGCAAGAUCCUUCUGAACCAGGAUCCGAUUCCCAGCAUGAUUUGCAACGUGGAACUGGAGUGGGAAAAGAAGAAGGAGAAGAAAAGAGAGAAUAUUUUCCCAGUAUCAAUGACGUACUGUGUGUUCGGGAAUUCUUGUCGCAUCUCAAAAUUGGGAGCGAGUCAAAACCACAGGAGAAUGGACGGAGCAAGGCCAUGCGGGCCGAAAGACUUCCCGUUGAAAUCGUGGAUAUAAUUCUCGAUCAUGCAGAAUACUGGCCUUCUAUUGAGACAACGCUCGAUAAGGCAAGAAUAAUCCGUCAGGACCAGGAUGCAGAGAUCCUAAGAACAGGAGGGUUGUGCUAUGCCCCCACGACCCCCGCCAUCAAACCCCGCAUCCUCCCGCAUCGCACUGUCCACCCCUGCCGUAAAAUAAUUUUCACUGUGACGUCUCACGACCAAGGCUGGGGUGGCGACCAUCGGGGCCAAUCCCUCUACGAACACUCCUAUUCUUGGUUUGACGCAUACAGAAUCCCCGCAUUUCACCCAGCGUCCAACGAAACGCAACAGACGCCCGCGGACCUCGUCGCACAGUACCAGAAAAUUUACGAGGAGGAGCACAGGCCCCGCUUCGAGGCCUCGGCGAAUUUCCUGCCUUCGAAAAUGGCUGUACGUCAGGCCCAAACACAGCAUAUCAUUUGGCAUUAUCGGGACGGGAUGGAGUCCGAUUCUACGGUGGCUAGGGAGAUUGAGCAUGCGGAGGGACGCGGACGCGAGACGCUGAAUGGGAAGGUGAGUUCUCCCACAGUCCACCUGCUUGAAGAGCUGGCUGACUGA